CAUUGUGGAUAUAAAUGACAGCUAUUUUCAUGAAAACGAAGCUCUGAAAUGCUAAAGAGGGGAGACGGUUCUCCUUCGAGGCAGAGACCACUGAAUCACCAUGGUCCUCAUAGUGGAGAAAACUGCCGAGCAUCCAUCUGCAGAGUUCUCCCUCGUUGAGGAUGUGGCCCUUCACUGCACCUUUUUAAUGGACAGGUUGAACAAGCAGCGUCUGUUUCAGCCAGAUCUAUGUGACGUAGACAUCGUCCUCCUGCACCACCAGACUUCUUUCCAGGCCCAUAAGGGUGUCCUAGCAGCCUACAGCCCCUUCUUCCACUCGCUGUUUGCGUCGAGUAAGGAGCUGCGGCGAGUUGAACUCUCUCUGGAGACCCUCAAGCCUCAAGGCCUGCAGCAGAUCCUCAACUUCAUCUACACCUCCAAGCUGCUGGUCUCCAGCUGCAAUGCCCAAGAUGUGCUCAAGGCUGCCACAGUGCUCCAGAUGAGCAACAUCGCCACUUCCUGCAGUGAGCUCAUUACUAGAAGCUCGCUGGACAUCAGUCCCAGUGUGGACCAAGCCAAACAGGAAGUCGGCGCUCAGAGCUGGAGCAACAGCAACUCAGUGAACUCCAACUUUCUCAUGGAGAUCAAGCAAGAGAAGGACCCCACCUGUGCCAGGAUCUAUGGAGAGAAAAGUGAAGUGAACUCAUAUGCUGUUCAGGUUGGCGAUGGGCGUCCAGUGCAAGUAGGCGGUUGUAAAGUAGAAGGGAAGGAAAUGGAAAACCUGAAGGACUCUGAAGAUCUUGAUUCAUUUAAUAGAGAGCAAAUUAUUGUGGAGUUGAACCUGAACAAUCAAACACUUAAUGUGUCUAAAAGUUUAGAGGGAAACGCAGCAGCUCAAUCUCCCUUACGACAACAGCUUCCUGGCAAAGGAAGACGGAGCGAUGAGACUGUUGAGGAAUCAAGAGACAAUGUGGCUUUGGAGAAGGAGGACGAUGAAGGCGAGCAAAGUGAAGAUGAUGAUGUGAGACUUGAAGGCACCAGUGAAGAGGAAGGAGAACACACAUUACCUGCAUUCAUGUCUGAAAGACCAGUACGACAAACCCUGGCCUCUGCUGAUGCUGUAGCGAUGGUCUCCAGGAGAAACAGUGUGAGAGAAAGGCAGGAGACGGCUCAUGGAGGGAACAGUGAGGAGCUUCUGGACCAGGAUAGCUUGAAGUUUCAGAGCUUCACCUGUGUGAGGUGCCCCAAGACAUUCAACAACCGCUGGUACCUGGAGAAACACAUGAACGUGUCACAUAACCGCAUGCAUAUUUGUGACAAGUGUGGCAAACGCUUCCUUAUGGAGAGCGAGCUACUGCUGCAUCAGCAGACCGACUGUGAGAAGAGCAUACAGUAAGCACCGUGACAGAACAGUGGACCUAACGAACAGUAAGCGGUGCCCCUUCUCCCCAUUUUGUUUUCCGUUCCCCAUGGUUAGCCUGUAAGGACCUUCCUUUUGUGGAGUAUGCCAGGGAAUUCUUCGGGAUCGCCGUCUUGACGGCAUUGGAUGACGCCACACUGAAUUCUUUGUUCUGGAUCGGGGCAGUUACCAUCGCCCGUCGACCUCCCAGACACCACUGGACUAUGCUGUAGGGAAGGGAUCCUCCGGUGUCUGGAGAGUGUCUGGCCCUGAUCCAGAACCGCUCAGCAGUCAAGCCAGCCGGCUGCUGCACUCUCAAGCCCACUGGCCGCUGCACUCUCAAGGCUGCCGGCCGCUACAGUGUGAAGUCCGCCGGCCAAUUAAUUUCCAUUCCUCAGCUGACAGCAGCUGUCUCCCUCACCUCAAACCAAAGGAGGAAUCUGAGGAGGAAAAAACUGUUAUCUCAAGCCCCUGAGUCCACUCCAG